CUUCUCUCUCUAUCUGACCCAUAAUUUUAAUUUUACAUCGAAAAAAUAAACGAAAAAACAAAACAAAAACACAAACCUCGUCGCCGUUACAGUCCCCUCUUCUCUCUCAAUUCGCCGUCUUCUUCUUCUUCUACUCCCCACCGUGAGUUUCACUCAACCUCCUCUAAUCUCUAACGCUGACUUAGAUUGACCCACGUCGAUAUGCAUGUUCAUGACUAGUCCCUCCUCCAAUUCACGUCGAUUCCACCUCCGAUUCGUCUCUCCGGCGCCGUUAGGGAUUUAAGACUUUCCCGAUUUCAAUUGGUGGGAAAGGUUGUGACUUUUGAGGAUGUUUGAAGUCAAAACGGGGUCAAAGGUGUGCAUGAACGCAUCUUGUGGCUCGACCUCUACUGUUGAAUGGAAGAAAGGCUGGCCUCUUCGAUCUGGUUCUCUCGCUGAUCUCUGCUUUCGUUGCGGAUCGGCUUACGAGACUUCUCUGUUCUGUGAAACAUUCCAUUUGGAGCAAUCUGGUUGGAGGGAUUGCUAUUUAUGCAACAAGAGACUUCAUUGUGGAUGCAUUGCCUCUAAGCUCAUGGUCGAGUUUAUGGACUAUGGUGGUGUUGGUUGUACUUCCUGUACUAACUGCCAUCAACUCAAUCUGAAUAAGAGAGGUGAGAAUCCAGUUGUGUUUAGCAGAUUGGCAAUGAACAGCCCACAUACAAAUGGAGAAAGUGGAAUUAGUAUAAGAAGCGAAGCUGAUCUCUUUUCUCAGCCACUAGUCAAUGGAGAUGAUAAAAGAGAAGAGUUCAUGGCUCACCGUGGGUUUGCUAAUUUUAUGAAACCAGAUAAUAAUACUAAUAAUAAUAAUGCUGGGGAAAUGCAUGAACCGUCACAGCCAUCUUUGAAUGUGGCUUUGGCAACACUUCCUUAUAGCCCAUCUUUUGCAAACCCUGUGGGCGGGAAUAAACUAAUGGCUGCUGCUUCUCAAUCUCACUCCCACAUUGGCCAAUGCUCUGCUUCUAGUAUACUUCAAAAGCCUUCAAAAUCUGUCCCUGGAACUCCUCCUGGGACUAGCAAAUCUGCUCAGGCCCGGAUUGGUAGGCCUCCUGUGGAAGGGCGUGGGAAAGGCCAUUUACUUCCUCGGUAUUGGCCAAAGUAUACUGAUAAAGAGCUUCAGCAGAUCUCUGGAAAUUUGAAUUUGAACAUUGUACCUCUUUUUGAGAAAACUCUUAGUGCAAGUGAUGCCGGUCGCAUUGGUCGUCUAGUUCUUCCAAAAGCCUGUGCAGAGGCUUAUUUUCCUCCCAUUAGUCAAUCUGAAGGCAUUCCUCUGAAGAUUCAAGAUGUGAGGGGUAAAGAGUGGACGUUCCAGUUCAGAUUCUGGCCCAAUAACAACAGUAGAAUGUAUGUCUUAGAAGGUGUCACUCCCUGCAUACAGUCCAUGAUGCUACAAGCUGGUGAUACAGUAACUUUCAGCCGGGUUGAUCCUGGUGGCAAACUAAUCAUGGGUGCCAGGAAGGCAGCUUAUACUGUAGACAUGCAGGGGUGUGGGCUCACGAACGGUACUUCAAACGAGGACACAUCAUCCUCUGGUGUUACAGAGAACCCGACCUCCAUUAACGCUUCCUCACAAAUUCCGGAAGAACUGAAAGGUGUGCCUGAGCAUUUGAGCUCACCUUAUGGUGUUGGUAGCAGCUUGAAGAAGAGUGAGAUGAAUGGAGGCAGGAUUUGCGAUGAUCCUUCACGUGUUAAAGACAAGAAGAGGACUCGAACCAUUGGGGCUAAAAAUAAGAGACUGCUUUUGCGUAGUGAAGAGCUGAGAGUCACUUGGGAAGAAUCUCAGGAGUUACUCCGUCCUUCUCCUAAUGCAAAGCCCACCGUUGUCGUCGUCGAGGAUCAUGAGUUUGAAGAGUUUGACGAACCUCCCGUCUUUGGAAAGAGGACGAUACUUACUUCAAAACCAUCAGGUGAACAAGAACGAUGGGCAUCGUGUGACGACUGCACUAAAUGGAGAAGGUUACCUAUAGACGCUCUUCUCCCCGCAAAGUGGACAUGUUCAGACAAUGUUUGGGACGUGAGCAGGUGUUCGUGUUCUGCACCUGAGGAGAGUCUUAAAGAUCUUGAGAAUGUUCUUAGAGCCGGAAAAGAGUACAAGAAGAGAAGAAUCCAGGCGGCAAAAACUGAGGAAGAACCGUCUGGUCUGGAUGCACUAGCGAGCGCGGCGAGUGCGGCAGUCUUAGGAGACGCUUUAGGAGGCGACUCAGAGGUUGCAACGACGACGAGACAUCCAAGACACAGGGUUGGAUGCUCUUGCAUAGUGUGCAUUCAGCCGCCGAGUGGGAAAGGUAGGCACAAGCCCACGUGUGGGUGUACGGUGUGCAGCACGGUGAAGAGAAGGUUCAAAACGUUGAUGAUGAGGAGGAAGAAGAAGCAGUUAGAGCGAGAUGAAAUAACAGCAGCAGCAGAAGCAUAUGAGGAGCACAACAACAAGGAAGCGGCGGAACGGGGUGAUACUGAUGAGAAUAACGGAGAGAAGGAAGGGAGGAUUGAUCUGAACAGUGAUCCUUAUAACAGAGAAGACGUUGAAGCUGAGAAAGAGGACACUAAAGGAAGAGAGUGUUCGGGUGUGGCUGAUGAGGUUUUAGGGUUAACGGAGCUAGGAGGAGAGGCUGCAAGCUGUGAAGAGUUAAAAGCUGCUACCUAAUAUGAAGAAAACAAAAAACUAAACUCAUAGCUACCUUAUCUUAAUAUGUUCUGUAAUGAAGGACACCAAGAGGAGAUGAGUACAGUUUUGUGUUUGAUUUUCUCAUAGUUUUAGGCAGAAAUAAGCUUUUGCAUUUUUGUUUUGGUUUUUAUGGUCUUUGUUGAGUUUUGGGGUGGUGGUGGGUUUUAGGCUGUCUCCACUGAUCUAGGUUUUGCAUAAGUUAAAAUGGAGCUUUGGUGUUUGGUGAUGAAACAGUUGAAUUUGUUGUUGUGUUUCAACCUUACAUGGAAAGCAUUAGGUUUAAAUU